AUGCACGCGAGGUCUGCGACGGCGUACAUCUGUCAGAGCUGCCGCCAUGCUCGCAGCCAUGUGGCCCUCCAGAGACGACAGUGUGUCUCCCAAGCUCGACCUCAAAGUCGAGCGUACAGCACACGACCGCGACCACUGCACCUUGCCAUUAUUGGUUCGGGACCUGCGGGCUUCUACUCGGCCUACAGACUGCUGAAAAGCUUGCCCAAUGCUCGAGUGGACAUGUACGAAGGUCUGCCCUCACCAUACGGGCUGGUGCGCUUCGGAAUCGCGCCAGAUCACCCCGAAGCCAAAAAAUGCUCCGAAACAUUGGUAGACGUCGCAAAAUUCCCGGGAUUCAAUUACAUCGGCAACGUGCCUGUUGGAGACGAGCCCUCCUCUCUCCCACUUGCUGAAAUAGCGCCACACUACGAUGCUAUGCUCUUUGCAUAUGGCGCUUCAAAAGAUAAGAGGCUUGGGAUACCUGGCGAGGAUUUGAAAGGUGUGCACUCCGCACGGGCUUUCGUAGGAUGGUACAACGGGCUGCCAGAGUACGCGGAUCUCAAUCCAGAUCUGACCUCGGGUGAGACCGCCAUUGUCAUUGGACAGGGAAAUGUCGCCUWGGACGUGACUCGAAUACUGCUUGCACCACUUGAAGAACUGCGGAAGACGGACAUAUCCGAGCAUGCUGUCGAAGCGCUCAGCAAGAGUAAGGUCCGCGAUCUAAAGAUUGUAGGACGGCGUGGUCCCCUGCAAGCUCCAUACACAAUCAAGGAGCUGAGGGAACUAUUGAAGAUGCCGGGACUUGGGUUUGCACCACCACCCGAAGGAUGGGAGAGCUUGGUUCAAGUUCCCCGCAAGAAGCUUCCGCGCCAACUGAAACGGAUCAUGGAACUGCUUGAGAAGGGCAGCAUGACGCCUUUGGAGCAAGCCGACAGAGCGUGGCAGCUAGGGUUUCUCAGAUCUCCGCUAGAGUUUCUAUCGACCAAUGGAACCGACCUUGCGGCCGUUGGCUUUGAGCAGAUGGAGUAUGUUGACAAUCUAGCCUCGAUCCUGAAAGGUGAGCCGCAAGCCGACCUCAACAUUCUACGCAGCGCGCAAGUGAGAAGGACUGGCACUAAGAGCAUGAUUACGGGAUCUCUCGCUUUCCGUUCUAUCGGCUACGGAUCCGAGGCACUUGCUGGCUUCGAAGAGCUCGGCAUACCGUUCGAUUCCAGAGCAGGAAUAAUACCCAACGAUCAUCUGGGUCGCGUGUUGGAUCCUGCAAAAGGUCCGGGAGAACYGACAGCUGCGCACGUUCCUGGCAUGUACUGUGCAGGUUGGGUCAAACGUGGUCCAACUGGCGUUAUUGCAUCUACCUUGGACGAUGCGUUCACCACCGCGGAUGCUAUCGUCAAUGAUUGGCAAACUGGAGUCAAGUUCCACGGGGACGUAGGUGUUGAAAAGAGCGGCUGGGACGCAGUGAAGGUAGCAGCUCAGAAAAGGGGCAUUCGCAGUAUUAGUUGGCAGGACUGGGAGAAGAUCGAUGCAGAAGAGGUGCGUCGUGGAAAGGAGAAGGGGAAAGAGAGGGAGAAGUGUAGAACGGUGGAGGCCAUGUUAGAGAUUCUGGAUUGA